UUCAGAUCAAAGAACACCAUACACUUCUAUAUAUAUAUCGAUACACUUAUACUGGAACAUACUUAUUCAAUCGUGUAAUCAUAAAAUAAAAUUUUUUUUGCAACGAUAUUUAUCGUAAUAAGAUAAAUAACUCACGUUAAGCAUCAACCACUUGUUGGAAGUCAGCCGAAAAUAUAUCUCAGCAGAAAUGAAGUGUAGCUGGGCUUUGAUUGUAUCAACCAUUCUUUUCAUCAUGUGCAUGCAUUCAAAUGAGGUCUUGGGAAUGCCACCAGCCCAGUGUAACCCUGGACUCUUAGAUGAAGUCCCACCACGAAUUCGGAAAGUUUGCAUUACUCUAUCGACCAUAUAUGAGCUUGGUUCAGCCAUGGAAAAUUACAUUAACGACAAAGUUCCAAUGUUACGCGAGACUAAUCCACUUCCACUUAACAUAAAGCGCCAAGAUGCAGAUCACGUAUUUUUGCACUUUGGAAGGCGACGUUAAGAUGACUCUUUAAGGAUUUGCAAUAGAUUUUGCCAAGUUGUAAAAAGAAAUUAAAAAAAAAAACAUACUCAUUUGAAAUAAUGGAAUAA